AUGGUUUCCCUAUGGGGUUCAAAGAACGACGAUGAGCAGCCCGACGAUGGCUCUACCACUCCCAGAGGCUCGGCUGAGGAUACCAGACGCCCUCCGUCCAGGCGCUCUUAUGAGCGAAGAGAGCGUGAAGCAGACGAGAGAACAAGACUCUUGCCUGCUCAGCCUCGUCCUCCUCACUCAGAUGGCUACCUCGACCCCGAUGAUCCAGCUGUCUCACCCUACAACCUCUGGACCGUCCGCUUCCUUAGAUACCUUACGGUCCUCUUCUUCCUCAUCAACUUCAUCUGGUGGGUUCUGCUCUUUGUGAGCAUAUUUGUCUCUCCUCCUGGUCUGCACACGAGAGGCUCUGGUUUCUUCGACUUCUCCUACACCACCUUGACGGCUGGUAAUCUCUUGGUGGCCAUCCUCUUCUUCGCCGCUCCUUCCAAGGCUAUGCGCAUCACCAUGGGUAUCAUCACUGGUAUUCUGGCUAUCGACUUGAUCAUGAUCCUUGCCCUUCCUCGCCUGAGAGUUGAGGAGGGCUGGCCAGGUAUCGCCUCGAUUGCCUGGGCCACACUCAUUGGUCUUUGGUGUGUCAUCACUGAUAGAGUCGUGGCUUGGGGCAAGCGUGAAGAGGAAGAGCGUCUUACUGGUCGUGCUGAGACACGCAGAACACUCCGCGAAUGGCUGGCCGUCACCUUGGCUACUCUGAUCCUUGUCGUCUACGCCAUCAUCGCCGUCCUCAUGACCGCAACUCUUGUCUUGCGUGCCCGUGAUGCCACUCUGGAAAUGGAUGGCGAGCGCUACUACGUCGAUGGUGAUAAAUAUCAGGUUCACCUCGCUUGUAUGGGCAACGUCACCUACAGCUCUCACGGCGUUGCUAACCCCACUCUCCUCCUCGAGGCUGGCGAAGUACCUUCGGAGUACGACUUCGAGCACUGGGCCUACGCUGCUUGGAAGAAUGGCACAAUUGACCGCUACUGCUACUGGGACCGUCCUGGCUAUGCUUGGUCUGACAGCGCCCCUAGCCCUCACAGUGCUGGUAUGUCCGCCGAUGCAUUGUCCGAGGCCCUGGCGGUCGCUGGUGAGGAGGGUCCCUUCAUUCUGGUCUCUGCUGGCUACGGCUCUAUUGUCUCACGCAUCUUCUCCGCUCGUCACGUUCGCAACAUCUCCGGUAUCAUGAUGAUCGACCCUCUUCACGAGGACUUGCUUUACCGUAUUGGUGGCGCCUACAGAGGCUUCGUUCUGUGGGGCUGGGGUAUCAUUUCGCCUCUUGGCCUUCAGCGCAACUUCGGUGCCAUCUUCAACGGACGUACUCGUGAAGAUCGCGUCUAUGGACGUUCGGCUUACCAGGGUGGCAAAUACAUCAAGGCUCAGCUCCAGGAGAACCUUAUUGCCGAGUCUCUGACCAAGAACGAGGUCGCCAGCGCCCGUACCAUCCAGACUCCCAAUGUUCCUCUUGUCAUCAUCAGCAGUGGUAUCAGCAACCGCCGUGACAGCGAGUGGGAGCGCAAGCAACGCGACCUGACCAAGCUUACUGAGAACUUGAUCAGCUGGGAUGUGGUCAACAAAGCACCCCAUGAGGUCUGGAGAACCCUUGAGGGCAGAAACGUCAUGGACAAGAGAUUGAAAGACAUUGUCAAGCAGGGCUACAAGGCUUACUCUAUCAACGAAGAGAAGAUCUGA